AUGCCUCACCCAGUUCAGCUAGGCCUACAAGAUGCCACAUCCCCUAUCAUAGAAGAACUAAUUGCCUUUCACGAUCACGCCUUCAUAAUUGUAUCUCUAAUUAGCUUUUUAGUCUUAUAUGUAUUGUCAUCAGUGCUCACAACAAAAUUAACUAAUACUAAUAUUACAGAUGCUCAAGAAAUAGAAACUAUUUGGACCAUUCUACCAGCAAUUAUCCUAAUCUUAAUUGCCCUCCCAUCUCUACGUAUUCUCUACUUAACAGAUGAAAUUAAUAACCCAUCAUUCACUAUCAAAUCAAUUGGGCAUCAAUGGUACUGAACUUAUGAAUACACAGAUUAUGGGGGCUUAAUCUUUAAUUCUUAUAUACUCCCCCCACUAUUCUUAAACCCAGGGGACCUUCGACUCCUAGAAGUUGACAACCGAGUAGUACUUCCAAUUGAUGCUCCUGUUCGCAUAAUAAUUACAUCCCAAGACGUUCUACAUUCAUGGACCAUCCCCUCAUUGGGUCUAAAAACAGAUGCAAUUCCUGGGCGCUUAAACCAGACUACAUUUACUGCUAUACGACCAGGUGUCUACUACGGACAAUGCUCAGAAAUCUGCGGUGCUAAUCACAGCUUCAUACCAAUUGUCGCAGAAUUAAUUCCGUUAAAAAUUUUUGAAAUAGGGCCCGUAUUCACCCUAUAA